AAGAAGUUUUAAGAAUAAAUAAAAAAUAAGUGACUUUAAAAAUGAAAACCAUUUUGGAAUUUUUAAAAUUGUAUCAUGAAUCGAUUCAAGGAAAUUUGGAGCCCAGAAGAAUUAAUAGAAAAAUUUAAUAAAAUGAAAUCUGUCGAAAAUUCUAAUUACCCAGAUCCAAUAAAUAAGUUUAUUAAUGAGUAUAGUCCUAACAAAACAACAGAAUACUCAAGUUCAGUGUCAUUAUUUUGUGCAAAAUACAGCGUAUAUCCUACUUUUGAAGAACCAGUUUGAUGUUAAAAAAUAUAAAAUAAUAGUACAAAAAAGGUAAAUAUCACUUUAAUAAUAUAAGCUACCUAGGUUCCAAUUAAUGUUAACCAAGAAUUCCCAAGUAACAAUUUCCAAUCAUACAGAUUGAUAAAUAUUUAAUUUUCAUUAAAUUCUUAAUAUUAAAUUUUAAAUAAUCUUGAGUUACUAAUAAAUAUUUGAAAUUUAACAUGUGUAUUAUAAUAUUAUUAUAUAUUUAUAAAAUAGUGACUUUUAAAUAUAUUAAUUAACCUAACUAUUAUUCAAUAUUUAACAACGAUUAAAAAUAAAUAAAUAUUAAUGUUAAUUAAUAGUUUUUUAAUAAAUAUUAGCUAUACACUAUACUAUUAUGUCUAACAAUGUAAUAAUAUAUAUACUUGAAUAAUAAAUAUAAUUAUAAUUGG